GCAACAACCGAGACAACACAUGAUGAUGAAUCAAGGCCAAGGCAAUCCCAUGAUGGUCCAACAAAUGGGUCAGCGUCCUCCGCUCUCCGGCCCGGGUGGCGUUGGUCCUCCCCAGCAGGGUAUGAUGGUGAUGGGCCCACAGCAGGGAAAGAUGAGGCCUCAGAUGCCUUCACAGCAGCCCCCGAAUGCAAUCCCGAAUCAAGGAGCGGUUCCGUCUCCCAUGGGCUCCUCAAUGGCGAAUCAAAUGACACCGUCGCCUGCAGCUUACGCUCAUUCCCCCUCAGGCGGUGUUGUGCCAUCACCGGUAGGCGUGGCUGCAAGUGGAGGCUACUUGAGACAGGGGCAAGUUGGCGCACCUUCGCCAGGUUCUGCUCUCAAUACCCCUAUUAACUCAGUAGCAUCACCAGCAAGCGGCCCCCUUGUAGGUAGUCACGGUCACCAAAGUGCCGGCGGUACCCCGGUGUCACGCAACGCCGAGGAUCAGGCAUAUUUAGAAAAAUUGAAGUAUUUAAAUAAGUAUAUCGAUCCCCUGAGAAGAAUGAUCGCGAGAAUCGACAAAGACGAAGACCGCAAGAAAGAACUCAGUAAAUUAAAAUCACUCCUCGAUAUUCUAUCGGACCCGAACCGGCGGUGUUCCAUGGACACCCUCGUUAAAUGCGAGCAGGUCCUCGAGCGACUCGACCUUCGGGUUCGAAACCCUGACCAAACUAUGAUAGGUCAUGUUCCGUCGGUCACAUCGAUGACACGACUGCAGAACGACAACCUGUGGCAGCCGCUACUCGAUGCAAUAAACGCCAACAUCAAGAGCCCGAUGUUCAAUCACACGCUGCAGAGAGUAUUCGGCCAGCCGAUCACCAUGCUGCUCGGGGCUGCGUAUUCGCAAAACUCGACGCCUCCCUCGUCUCCGCCGACGAAGAGACGGUGCGUGUCUUCCGCCGUGGAAGAAAUGUACGAAGUGUCCGACGUUCUCCAAAACGAGAUCGCACAUUUGGAUCAACGCUUCAAAGUUCAACUCGACCCGGUUCAGCAGUUUGGCAACAAAACAAUCAAACUCAUCUGCCAGCUCGACGACAAAGCCCUGCCCAGCGUCCCUCCGAUAACUGUGACGGUUCCAGAAAACUAUCCGGAGAGCCCACCUCUGUAUUCGGCCAACAAAGUCCAAUAUGCGAGUACGAAUUUCUACGAUAGCGUGCUAAACGCUCUGAAAGUCCAUAUGGACAAAAUGCCUUCUCAAUUCUCCGUGACGGCACUCCUCGACACGUGGGAGAUGUGCGUGCGGCAGACCUGCAGCAGUAUAUUGCCUAGCUUGAAGUCACCAGCGAAAGCUUGAGCAGGAAAUGAGCGAUCUUAUAUCGAUUCCGUGACUUUAUCGAUCUCUUCGAGCCUCGGUAAAUGCAAGCCCAAAGUUUGUACAUAUGGUUUCCUUCAAAACGUGCGCUCGUUGACGCGCCGGGUCAGCGUUUUUCGAACUAAAGCUCCUAGCUCAGGUUCUGCGGAAGAUUCUUGCUUAUUUCCCCAUGGCUCCCGAGAGAUUCGGUGAAUGCCUUGCGUCAUGACUCCGAACAUUCGAAAGUGAGAUCUCGCCGGCCGUCUGCCGCCAUACUGACCGUGUGAAAAUAAAGGGACGC